AUGGUGCGCGCGUUAUGAUGGCGUCUGACGAAGAUGUGGUGUGGACUGUCGAGCUGGAAACGCAUCUCUUCCAUGCCAUGCAAGGCCACAAACCAGUUGGAGUGAGUAAACAUUUUCACAUGGUCUGUAUACAAGAGCAGUUGUGUCAAAUGGGAUGGAAACAUUUGUCAGCCGAGCAGAUAUGGAAACAUCUUGGUACUAUGUACAAUUUAGAUGCUUUGGAAGAAACAGAGCCGGUACCUUUUCCUAAUAGCAUAAUUGAUUUCAAUCUACCCGACGACUUGCUACAACCUGCGGGCGAGAAGGAAGUAGAACAAGAACCCGAAAAGGAAAAGGAGUCGGAAUCUGAGAGUGGAACACCGACGAACAAAGCGGCUCCGACUCCGACUUCACUUCCGGCCUCGACCGUGACACCCGAUUCGCCUAAACGUGCAACGAAGCGACUUCGAAUCACAACUGCAAUGAACUCUCCUGCUUCGCCUGCAGUACCGGCUGGUACGGCAGGCAAAAGACGGAGACAAGUGAUUACAUGAGUAGAUCGGUUGUGUACACUGUACAUACUUUUUUAAAACUAGAUUACAGUUGAACUUAGUCUUGAAUUGAAGAAAUGUGGAAGGUUACUAUUUUGUAUCA